CUCUCUCUCUCACUAUUUUUUCUGUGUACGGUGGUGGUGAGUGCAGACCCAUCAAAAUUGCAGAAAUAGGCUACAAAAUCUGAAUCUCUCUUCUCCUCCGUCCAAGUUUUGAAUUCUCUCUGGUUCUCUGAUUCUCCUUUGUUGAGCUGCCUUAACCUUUCGAUUCUCUCGCAUUUACAUUUACGUUAUGCACGAAUGAGAUCGUCGUAGAUCGUGACUGAAGCGAGAGAUUAUUUGGAGAGCGAAGAUGAGCGAGGGCCAGAAGUUCCAGCUGGGAACAAUCGGCGCUUUGAGUUUGUCCGUUGUGUCGUCUGUGUCGAUCGUGAUCUGUAACAAAGCGCUUAUUAGCACCCUUGGCUUCACUUUCGCGACAACUUUGACAAGUUGGCAUCUUUUGGUCACGUUUUGUUCCCUUCAUGUGGCGUUAUGGAUGAAGAUGUUCGAACACAAGCCUUUUGAUCCACGAGCUGUGAUGGGGUUUGGCAUAUUGAAUGGGAUAUCCAUAGGACUAUUGAACCUCAGCCUGGGAUUUAACUCUGUCGGUUUCUACCAGAUGACAAAACUAGCAAUCAUCCCCUGCACUGUUCUCUUGGAGACCCUCUUUUUCAGGAAAAAAUUCAGUCGGAAGAUCCAGUUUUCGUUAACCAUCCUUCUCCUUGGUGUUGGAAUUGCAACCGUCACAGAUCUUCAGCUUAAUAUGCUGGGUUCUGUCUUGUCAGUGCUGGCUGUUAUCACAACUUGUGUUGCUCAAAUUAUGACAAAUACAAUCCAGAAGAAGUUCAAAGUUUCAUCCACGCAACUUCUGUAUCAGUCUUGCCCAUAUCAAGCGAUCACUCUUUUCGUCACUGGGCCAUUUUUAGAUGGGCUCCUCACCAACCAGAACGUGUUUGCCUUCAAGUACACUUCUCAAGUAGUGUUCUUCAUUGUCCUUUCCUGCCUCAUAUCAGUCUCUGUAAACUUCAGCACUUUUCUUGUCAUUGGAAAGACAUCUCCUGUCACAUAUCAAGUUCUAGGACAUCUCAAAACAUGCCUGGUUCUAGCAUUUGGCUAUGUGUUGUUGCGAGACCCAUUCGACUGGCGCAACAUUCUCGGUAUUCUGGUGGCUGUAAUUGGAAUGGUUGUUUAUUCCUAUUAUUGCUCGAUUGAGACUCAGCAGAAGGCAAGUGAAACAUCAACUCAGUUGCCACAGAUGAAAGAGAGUGAGAAAGAUCCACUAAUAGCAGCCGAAGAUGGAAGCGGAGUGUUAUCAGAUGGUGGUGGAGUGCAAAAGACGGUGGCUCCUGUAUGGAACUCAAAUAAAGAUUUUCAAGCCUAAAGCUUCGAUGAUCGCUAUUUUUUCUUUUUAAAUAUCAGCUCUCUUUGUAUCAGAUUUGUCGAAAGAAAAACAUUUUAAUUUCUCUCUUUUAAAAUCGCAUAGCAGAGAAGUAGGGGAGACUGAAAAAUCAACAAACCCUUCCACACCGUAUGGGAAAAAAAAGAAGAAGUAGAGAGAGUGAGGGAGGAAAAGGGAACAGCUUUGAUGAUCCAUUUUAUUAUACACAGCAGGUUUUUUGUUUUUUUGUUUUAUCUCUUUUGGAUUUAGUAUUACAACUCUGUAUUCAAAAGUCUGUGGCUAUAUUCAUCAACACUGGAAAACAUAUAUUUGAUUUUUAGGCUCCUUUUUAUGGACACUGAAAA